UAAACUCAGUGUUAUCCCUUCUCCCAACUCCAGUGAACUCAAACAUUCGAUAUGGCUAGUGAGAAGUUUAUGAUUUUAGACCCUGCUUAUAGAAAGCUACAGAAACUUAAGGAAUUGGUUAGAGAAGAAAAUGCCUCAUCUAAAAUUAGCGCUGAGAUUGGUGAAGUUAUUGAUCUAUUGAAGGCUCGUUACGAUUAUUGCGAGGGGAUCACAUCCGACCCUAGCAAGGAUCUCCAACAACUCAUGCAUUCCACGUUUCACCACCAGUGGCAGAAUGAUCACGCCGAAGGAAAGUUGUCAAGAGUCCCCAGUACAAUGAUGAUGUCUGGGAAGUUAGAAGCGCAGUUUCUGCAAUCGCUUACAAGCUUGUGUAACGCUGAGCGUGUCCUGGAACUAGGUCUGUUCACCGGAUGUACGGCUUUGGCGUUUGCGGAAAGCAUACCGGAAGACGGGAAAGUGGUGUCCUGUGAACUUGACCCUUACAUUGCUGAUCUUGCAAGGUCAUUUCUAGAUAAGACGUCCUGUGGGAAGAAAGUUGAAAUCAUGAAGGGUCCCGCCAAAUCAUCUCUAGAGAUUCUCGCAAAGAAGAAGGAACAGUUUGAUAUAAUUUUCAUAGAUGCCGACAAAAAGGGUUAUAUCACCUACUACAAGACGAUAUGGGAUUUGGGACUUUUGGCGCCAAAGGGAACGAUAUUAGUGGACAACGUGCUCUUUCACGGGGAUCCAUACUCUAAGGAGGGACGCACGGGUGAAAUUGGGCAGAGUAUUAUCAACUUCAAUGAGAUGGUCAGAAAGGACGACCGAGUCCACAAGAUAAUGGUUCCCAUUCGUGAUGGCCUUAUGAUCAUACGAAGAAAGGAGGAUGUUGACAGACAGAAGUAAAGGAAAAUACUCCACAGACCAAUUCAAUUCUCAUAAUAAACGACAUACUAUU